AUGAAGGUUGGGAGGGGGCAAAAGUUCACGUUUGUUGUCAACCUGAAUGACCUGCCAAACCGGUACUGGCCAAAAAAUGAACUUUAUUCAAAUUCGCUGGAAAGGCAUGAAAAGAAGAAUUUGUCGUCUGAUCAGAAAGGCCAGAAGGCCGAUGGUCAGUCGAAGGGACCGGAAUACGUAGACGAAGUGAAUGCUUCGCAGACGCUCAGGAAUCGUUUCGCGUCGUCGAAGGCCGAGGGGAAUGAAUGCUCGGAUUUCAAUGGCAGCUUCGAGUCGAGAGGCCAGACAGUCCUCAGUACGCUGGCCUCUUCGGCCCUGCACGACGCCAGUGCAGCCGACGACAACCAGCAGGAUGCCGGUAAAGGGACAACGGAAAACUACUGCAAUGGAGAAGACAUUACGGUAUAUCACACGGGAAAAUUCGAGAACGCUGGAGUCGUCAUUUCGCCCGACACAGGUCUUCUUGCAAAUUCUGCUGCACGAAUUUCUGACAAAGAUUUGGAUGCAUCGAAAUUAUCAGCUGUUCAGACUGAUUCCUCCUCCCCGACCCUCAAUUACGAGGAAGAUUCGCUUGAAACCAAACCUUCCUUUGAACGCAAGUUAGAGUCCAAGAGUACGAACGAGUCUUCCACGGAACGCUACGUUUCGGUCGUCAAAACCAUGAUCGGUGCAGAUCAAAGUCCGGAGCAGCACGCUCCAGCGGUGAAUCACGAAGUUCAUAUGUACACCGUGAGUAGCACCGACAAAAUCCCUGAAACAACAGGCUUGAUUCCUGAACUCCCUGAAGAUAUGGCCCAAGCCGUGGUCAAGAAGCCUAGCAUUCUCGAAGUAUUGGGGGCGAACACGACACAGGAGGCGGUUUUAAAGAUGGACACGCUCGAAGCCGUGAGCGACGUGAUGCGCAGGGCUGGCUUGGAGUCAAGCAACCUCAUAUUUGGUAAUUCCGUCAGUCGUCUGGACGUAUAA